UUCCCGGAAAAACGGCUCCCGGUAAAGAAAUAGAUGUUUACUUGAGGCCAUUAAUUGAUGAGUUGAAAGAGCUUUGGAAGGAUGGCGUCCAAACUUAUGAUGCCUCUAGUGGAAGUACAUUUAGAAUGCGUGCUGCUCUCAUGUGGACCAUUAAUGACUUUCCUGCAUAUGGUAACAUGUCUGGAUGGCCAACAAAAGGUUAUUUGGCUUGUCCCAUUUGUAACGAAGAUGCUUCAUCAGAACGUUUGAGGAGUAAGAUUGGCUAUAUGGGUGCGAGGCGUUUCUUGCCUGAGAACCACACAUGGCGAAAGAGCAAGCUCUUUAAUGGUAAAAGUGAGGACAGGUCAAGGCCACGAGAGUUCACGGGAGAAGAGAUCUUGGAGCAAAUUAAUUCAGGGACAUACAAGCCGUUGGGCAAGCAUCCAAGCAUUAAUAAGAAAAGAAAAAGGGGCAAAGAUGCUGACACGAUUUGGGCCAAGAAAAGCAUUUUGUUUGAUCUCCCUUAUUGGAAAACACUCAAUCUGCGUCACAACUUGGAUGUCAUGCACAUAGAAAAGAACAUUGCAGAAAAUAUUGUUGGGAUAUUACUGGGCGUAGAUGGGAAAUGCAAGGAUACAGAAAAAGCACGCAUGGAUUUGGCAGAUAUGGGUAUACGGAAGGAGUUACACCUAAAAAAGCGGGCGAACGGAUCUUAUGAGAAGCCUCCAGCAUUGUACACAUUGUCCCUGCAAGAGAGACAAGGGUUUUGUGAUUUUUUAAAAUCGAUUAAGUUUCCAGAAGGUUCUAUCGCUGAGGCUUAUAUUUCUAAAGAGAGUACAACAUUUUGCUCAAUGUACCUCAAUGGAAUCGAAACAGUGUUUAACAGAGAAGAAAGGAAUGAUGACGGUGGUGAUCGUGGCACGGGGUUAACAGUCUUUACUCAAAGUGCCCGACCAUUUGGGUUAAUCCGAAGGGGACCUGAUGUGCCGGUCAAUGAACUCGAGAUGGCUGAAUGGUUUGUCUUAUACAAUAGUUCAGAAGUGGAUCAAUAUCGAGAGUAUGUUUUUUUAACUUGCUUAUUAAGGUUCAGCUAUUGUAUAUUUAGUUGUUUUAGACUUAUAUGUUACUUAUACGUUACGGAAUGUCGAAUAGGGAACACAAGAACUACAUACAAGGUGAGAGUGAAGUUGACAUCACAAACAGACAACGUAAAGAAUUUCCCAAGUGGUUCAAAGAUCGCAUGACUCAACUUCGAAACCAGCGAUCAC